AUGGAUAUUAGCUUCACAGAGGAAACUCAAAGAUAUGGCCCCGGAUACGGCGACUUUGUCCUCCAAUCCAGCGAUGGAAAGGACUUUCACUUUCCACGCGCCAUUCUCGCCUUUACCUCUGGCUUCUUCAAAGACAUGUUCGAUCUUCCGAACUCUUCGACAGCAGAGGGAACUCCUGAGAAGCUACUCGUCCUCGCUGAGUCUAGUCAACUCGUUCAGAUGCUGUUGGAUGUUAUCAAUCCCAACGUGCCCCUUCCUCCACUAGAUACAUCCACGAUCGUAGGGCUGCUGGAAGGAGCGCGCAAGUAUCGAGUCCCUUGUGUCUUCCGUUGGUUUGAGAAGGAAGCCAUUAGAAGCCAGGUGAACGAGAAAACUAGGGAGGAAACUCCCGCAUUGCUUGAUCAAUACCCAGCCUUCGUUCUUGCUUGUGCAAACCAGCAUAAUCUUCCUCAAAUCAAACGGUUGGCAAUUAGAGAGCUGGCUGUACCGGUGUAUAUUGCGAAGCAACUGCCAACGGCUGGAGCUCUAUACCUCCUUCAUUCUUCAAUGUACUGA